UACUCCUCUCCCUGCAUUGUAUAUAUAAUAAUAUAUGUGUAUAUAUAUAGUAUGAUAUAAUCUCCAUAAAAGAUCUGAAUUGAAAGCUUCCUUUGGACUACCAACUUUCUUCCUCCCAUGAAUAAACCUUAACAGAAAAUAUUCCUUCUUUAGUACUUGUUUAUAUCUUGUCCUUCCAGAAUCUAUCUUCAAGCUUUCUUCUUCAUUCCCAGCACCAAAUAAAAAGAAAAAAAAAAAAACCCAGUUCGUGGAGUACGAGGAAUGGGUUUAAGAGACAUCGGAGCCACGUUGCCGCCGGGGUUUAGGUUUUAUCCCUCCGACGAGGAACUGGUCUGCCAUUACCUGUACAAGAAAAUCGCUAAUGAAGAAGUUCUCAAGGGCACUUUGGUGGAAAUUGACCUUCAUACUUGUGAGCCAUGGCAGCUCCCUGAGGUGGCGAAGCUGAACUCGAGCGAGUGGUAUUUCUUCAGCUUCCGGGACCGGAAAUACGCGACGGGGUUCCGGACGAACAGGGCGACGACGUCAGGGUACUGGAAGGCGACGGGGAAAGAUCGGACGGUGAUGGAUCCCAGGAGCCAGGCGAUCGUGGGGAUGAGGAAAACGCUGGUUUUCUACAGGAACAGAGCGCCUAACGGCGUUAAAACGGGAUGGAUCAUGCAUGAAUUUCGUCUCGAAAACCCCCAUAUUCCUCCCAAGGAAGAUUGGGUUCUAUGUAGAGUCUUUCACAAGUCCAAGGGAGAAACCAGCGAGAACAACCUUAACACCAUGUACGACAAUAGCAUCAUCAUACCGCCGCCGGCCACCUCCCCGACUAGCCUGGCCGCCUCUCCUCCUAACAUGGACGCCGUUUCCUUGCCGGCGUCAGCCGCCGCCUAUCGUCCCAUCGCGGUGGCCUGUCAGAACCAAAGCGCCACCACUGCGGCGGCGGCGAAUUUCUUCAACGUGUCCUUGUCGUCGUCCGUGCCGGAGCACCACGGCUUUCUCCGGUCGCACGAAAUGCCGCAUUCCAAGUGCGAGACUGACCAGUACGGCUUCCUGUUCGACAUGAACUUCGAAGAACCGAAUUUCCAGGACGGCGGCGUCCAUUCGAGCCUCGAUGACAUGCGAUUCGACGAUGAAAACGGCAUGGUUUUCAUUUGAUCUGAUCAUUACACGCAGCCUAUACAUACAUACAGACAGACAUAUAUGGAUUUGUGUUUAUAUUGAUAUAUUUAUAUGGUAUAUAUAUGUGUAUAUGUAGAUGGACUUGAAUUUAGAGUGUUAAAAAAAAAGUCACGGCAUCCAUUUUUUGAAUGGUACAUGCAUGUUGUAAUGUUUGGCUGUGAGAUAAGGAUGUUGUUUGAUUAUUGGAUGUUAUGAUUCUUAAUUUACUAGCUAGGGCUAGCUAGGUUUAUUCA